AUGACUAUUCCGGCUAAACGAGUUCCCAAAGUUAAAUUUAGUGAAGAGUUGAAAAAAGAAAUUAGUAAAAAUGGUAAAGAAAUCAACUUCACGAUAGAAGAGGGCAAAAACGGAGCUAAUUUAUUAGUAGAUUUUGUGAUUGAGGAGCAAUUAGCCGAAAUAAGGAAACAAGCCAUCAAGGAAGCUGGAAAAUUAAAAAAAGCCAAUCAAAACAAAGAAACUAAUGCCGUGGAAGUAAUUUGUACGGAAAUUUAUCACUUUUAUCAAGGAAAAGUUUUUGCAGAAAAAGAAACUAAAACAACUUCUUAUUAUCUUGAAUUUGGUGGUUUUCAGUUAAAUAGUCGUUUUCUCUAUCAACUGGCUAAACUAGAAAGUUUGGAUAAUAAUUACCACAGUGAAUAUAGUUUAAAUCGCUUAAUUCACACUCUUGCUCACGAAAUAGCCCAUUGCUUAUUAGGUGAUUAUAGUUUAGAUCUAUUUCAAUUACAUGGAGAUUUCCACGAUGGACUUACCACUUUAUUAGAAAAUUAUUUAUGGACUACUCUUGAAAUCCAAGAACUGGAUAAAUUGCAAAAAGAUGCUCGUGAUCUAGCCGUGGUCGAUCUCAUUAAUUCCUUAAAAAAACUAAAGUCUGGUGAAAGCCUAAGAUUUGGUAAUUUAGGAACCUUUGAGAAAACUCAACAUAAAGUAAGAAAUAGUUUGCCCGGUAAAAAUCAUGAAAAUUCCUUUAAUAAUCAAAAUCCUAAUUCCCAAAAUAAUUCCCAAACCCUUAAUAAUUCCUCUCCUGAGCAAGAACCAAGUUUAACUGCGAUUUUAGCUAACGCUUUAACUCCUUUAAUUCCGAUGUUUGUUUCCAAAAUAACUGGACAAAAAUUUUCUGUGCCAACCGCAAAUGUUGUUCCUAAUGAUCAAGGGGUGAUUCAGCAAAUAACUCCGGUUUUACAGAAUAUGAUUAAUACUCAAAAUCUGCUCUUACAAGAGAUAAUAGUGUUAAAGAAAAAUGAUCAAAGUUUGCUGAAUAGCUUCCAAGGUUUGAAACUAACUCACGAAAAGAAACAAAUCGAUUGUGGUUUAGUUUACCGAGUAGAUUUGGAUUUAUCAUGUUUCCUCCCUAAAUUACAAGAACUUUUUGAAGUAGAUUUAAAAUCAGUAGUUAUUCCUUUACUGGUUAAACUCACUAGAUCGAUGAUCAACAAGUUAGAAAAAGCCCAAGAGUUGAGUUGUUUAACUAAGGAAGGUGAAGAAGAUCUAAAAAAUCUCCAAGAACAGGAAACCACUGGCAAAUUAGCUGGAGCUGCCAUUGGUCUUGCCGUUGGAAUAUUUAUUGAACGAAGUGGAAUUAUCCAAAAUGUAUUUGCCCAAGAAAAGAUUUAUAAUUUAUUAACUCGAAGUUUGCCCUUGCCUGGUUUAAAACUGAUUACUCAUGGUUAUGAUUAUUCUGCUGAACACCAAAAACUAACUGGAUUAUUUCUCCAUAAAGAUGUGGACUAUCGCACUAUCUUAGUUGAACUGGAACAGAAAUACUAUGAAGAAGAAUUACCCAGCAAAAUGUAUUUAGCCGAAGAAGUGAAAAAUACUUCCGGAUAUUAUCUCUGCAUGGGAGAUAAUUGUCAUGGUAAGAAUAUUACUAAAAUAGCCCAUGACUGUAAAAGUAAUGCUCCGAGUUUAAACGCUAAGAGAGUGAAAAAGAUUAAAGAACUGGCUAAAGCCGCUAAAGUAAUUGCCAUUGUUCGUAAUUACUAUGUAAAAAUGAAAGGCUUAACCGUGGAACUUAAAAAGAAAAACGGUCAUGAACAAGAACAGAUUAACCAAUUAAAGCAAGAACCGAUUGAACGCAAAACUUUGGAGUUAGAAAAUUUUAUUACGCAACAAGUAAAUAAAGUUCAAGAAAAAACUCAAAAAUAUAAUCCAGUUUACCAAUACAAUAAGCAACCCACUUUUAAUCGAGUGGCUUUAAUGGUGAUAAUUAUUUACCUUUAUUAUCAGCAAUAUCAAGAAAAUAAUCAAUCACCCCUGAUUAUCGAAAGUCCUAAUACUCAAAAAUUACGAACCGAACUAAAUUAUUACCAAACUCUGUAUGAAAAGAGAGUAAAAAAGGAUUCAGAAACGGAAGUUUUACAUCAGCAAGUUCAAGAACAUGCAAAAUUAUUAGAACAGAAAAUCGAAGAUUUAGGAAAGCAAUUAAUUAAUUUAGCUCGCCAAAAAAUUAAAGGAAAAAAAGAAGCUGAGGAAUUAUUAAAGAAUUUAGAAAAAAAGAUUAAAACUACUCUCCAAUCGGAAAAAAAUUUACUUAUGAAGGAAAAAGAGGAAAUUAUUAAGGAAUUGCAAGAGAAGGUUAAAGAGUUAACCACUAAACAAGAAGAGUUAAUUAAGGAGAAUGAAAGGUUAAAAGAGGAAGUAAAUAAGUCUAAAUUGGAAAAAGAAGUAGUAGUAGAAACCGAGAAAAAAGAGGAAGUAGAAUUAAAAAUGGAACCGGAAACUAUUAAGUUUUUAGAUGAGAAUUAUCCGAAAGAGGAGAGGGGAAAUAUUAUUGGAUUACAAUUAGGAUUAAAGAAACUAAAAGGACAUUUAGAUUUAAGAGAUGAAGAAGACUUAAAGGCUGGUAAACUUAAACUCUAUGAGGAUAAAAUGAAUGAAUUGGCUGAGGGUGAGAUUAGUAUUCAGCAAUUAAUUUCUACUCGGGAUUUUCUUCAUGAAGCUCUUCAUGAAGCAGAAAGUAAACUAGAAAUUGCCGGCACUAUCCAAGCUUUUGAAGGAGUUGAUGUGUUUAGCCCCAAAGAAACUUUCCGGUUAGCAGCCCGUGAAGGAUUAAUCUCUAAUCUGAAAGCCAAAGAUUACUUUUCUGGUGGGAACUUUGACUUUGAUGGAUUAUCUUCUGACAUUGGAGAUUUAAAAAAUGGUUUAGCAGGGGCAAAAGCCCAAAUUGAAAAUCAAAGCAAGGAAUUACGGGGAGCCAUGGGCGACAUGAAAUCUCAGUUGCAAGAUCAAAUUAAGCAACAAGGUGCUAAAUUUGAUGAAGAAAUCAAAAAUCUAGAUGCUAAAAUCGCCCAAGCAAACGAAGAGAACAGAAAGAAUUUAGUAGAACAAAAAAAAGAACUCCAAAAGCAAAUGGAGGAACAAAAAAGGCAACUGGAAAAUGCUAUUCAAAGUUUAGCCGAUGCUCAAAAUAAGAUUAACCAAAAAGUUCAAGAACAAAUUCAAGAACUUAACGAACGAGUAGAAAGGUUAGAACAAAAGACUCUUGAUAAUAAACGAAAAAUAGAAGAAGAGCGUUUACAAAGAGAAGAAGAAAUUCGGGAAACUCAUGACCGCAUAAAACUUACUACUACUAACUUAGAAAAUUUAC